CCCCAGCCAUUUCCUUUGUCAUCGCCGGCAGAGACAGCAGACCAUCGAACAACAUCAUCACCUCGGCCUCUAACGCCGAUUUCCCCAGUUUUAACCCAUUCGCGCCGUUAAACUCGCCCGGACGGCCGGCCCUCCUAAGCCAUGUCAGAAGACCGACUCUGGAAGUUCCGAAGACCGGAAUGGAUGCAUAGUGCGUUUGCGCGCAACGCCGGCAUCUACACGGCCGGUGCUCUGUUCGCGGCCGCCUUCUACACUCUCCUGGACGCAGCAGUGUGGUCCAAGAGCUCUCUCAACGGGUCGACGGUACACGUGACCUUUGUGGACUGGCUCCCCUUUUUGACGAGCAGCCUGGGGAUGCUCAUCACCAACAGCGUGGAGAAGACGCGGCUGUCGGGCGACAGCUUCAGCUACUCGGGCUCGGGCGUCGCGUGGAAGGCCCGCGUCGUCCUGUUCCUGGGCUUCGCGGCCCUGGCGGGCGGCAUGGCGGGCGGCGUCACGGUGUUUGUGCUCAAGUUCGCGGUGCCGGGCGUCAGGUGGCCCAUGAUGGCCAUGGGGGUGGAGAACAUCGUUGCGAAUGCGCUGGUGGGGUUGAGUUCUGCCAUUCUAUGGGUUAGCCAGAAUAUGGAGGAUGAGUACUCGUACAACCUCGCACUCUGAGCUGAAUAUGGAGAGGGUUCAUGGGCAUGGCGAUGGGCAAGGUGAUGAUGGUAUGGUGGACCCCGUCGCAAAGAUUGGAGGCGGGUGUGUUCGUGCGAAGGGCUCAUGGUCCUGCUUGGGAGUGGCACUCGGAUACGCCGUGUGCCGCGCGAGCCAUCUCUGUCGUAUCGUUACUGCGG